UCCGUCAGUAGUAGUUGUAUAGGCGUGUAUAGCGAAACAUGCAAAACAAAAUUGCAUGUUGUCUAUACACUACAGCAUUCGUUUCUAGCAAGCUCACAUUCCUUCAUUCAUUAUUUUGAUUGAAAUAUUUAUCAUCAAAUAGUCGAUUUGUAAUUACCGAUUCAGUUAACGUAGCGAAGAGAACCUUAAUGUUUUAGCAUUUACUUCUGCCAAUCGAGUGUUUUGAAGUGUUUUUUUGUGCAGGGAGAUGGUCGCAGUCAACAUGUUGGAACUGCAAAAUUGUUACAUUGCGCUGGACAGCCCUUCGAACACGUACUUCGCCGGUCAAACCGUCAAUGGGAAGGUUGUCUUGACCAUUGUUGAUUCACCGAAAAAGAUUCAAGGUCUCGUGAUACGUGUGAAAGGAGUAGCAGAGGUGAAUUGGACGGUACGACGGUGGUCGAACAGAAACAGACGCAUCAUUCGAUACCACGGUCGCCAGGAUUUUAUGAAAUUCACAACAUAUCUAGCUGGAUCAGCAAACGGCAGCACCAUUGAACUGCCACCCGGUACGCACACCUACACGUUUUCCUGUGUUCUUCCACCGAACCUCGGAACCUCAGUGGAAGCUGAUCAUGGUCACAUCCGAUACACACUGAAAGUCGUUAUGGAGCGCCCGUGGAAGCUGAAUAAAUCUUACAAAAUGCCUUUCACCGUUAUGCAGCCUGUGGAUCUCAACUACGAGAGAAGUGCUGGCUUACCGAUCAAGGUGCAGAAUAUUAAGACGAUUUAUUGCUUUCCUUGCGGUUCUAGUUCAGUAAACAUGUUCGUUAACAUACCAGUUUCCGGGUAUGUCUCCGGACAAACCAUACCUGUGAAGAUCGAUGUCGAUAAUCGAAGUAUGACGGACAUGGAUGCAAUCAGUACCAAGCUAGUGCAGCUAAUUACCUUAAUCAGCCAAACUCCUUACAAGAGACUGAAGAUUGUUCCUAAAGUGAUCGUGAAAACACGCUGUUCAGGUGUGUGCAAGCGGUCGAAGAAGAGUUACGAACAAUACCUUUUAAUACCUCCAACACCGCCGACCAGCACAGUAUGCGACGUGUUACAUGUAAACUACAGCAUCGAAGUAGUAGGAAAAUUUGGAGGUUUUUUGAAAAAGCUCAGAAUACGAAUUCCCAUCACCUUGGGAACGGUCGCCAUGACGAUUCCUUCAUUCGAAUCCAUGACAGCUCCAGUUGUACAGCAACCACUGGCCAGUACGUCCGCGAGUGCCCCUUUACCUGAUGAUUUUCCUGUACCUUCCGGAGUGGCCAGUACAUCAAGCUUCCCAGUUGAUUCAUCUCCUCCGACGUACGAGGAAGCGAUGAAUGCCAAUCCUAUCAACAUUCAGCACGGAAGGCAAUCCAACUGUAUUGGUUGGCAAUUAAACGCUUCGGAUACACCGCUGUUAGCUUUAAACCACAGUUACGAAAAAUGAUGUUAUGUCUAGAGGUUAGCAAUUUGGAAAUAUUCUUUAAUUGAUCCUAUAGAAGACGAUUGUUCUUGGACUAUUUUUAAAAAGUUAAAGAAGAUAUUAUUUAUACAUGAGCAUGUCGACGCAUAUAACUGUUUUACAAAUAAGCACAGAGUAAGCAACAUUGACAACGACUUUACUAGGAUUCAAACAUGCAAUAAGACUAUCGAAUCGAUAAGGGUAUCCGAUCGGGUACCCUUCUAUUUAUUUAAAUACUCCGCACAUUUUUUUUAUUUUGUAACUUUAAACUAAAAAAAAAACAAUUUUAUUUACUUUACAAACCGAAAAAUGACGUCUCUGAUAAAUGGCAGCAUGCUGCCCAGCCAGAAGUAGGAUCCAUUUGUUUCUCUUACAUUACACCAUGAUCAGAUGCAUUUUGCAACCUUCAAUCUGUUCCCCGAUGCUGUUUACAAUCUGAAGUGACACUUAAAAUCAAACGAUAAUAGAUCUGAAGGCUGUCUCUUAUUUUUAUUUUUGUACGUAUAUAUGUAUGUAUAUUAUUCUAAAAUAAAAAUAUAACAAUAAAUAAUAAUCCGCACCAGGCAAUGCACUAAACAUGGACAUUGGCGCAGAUAUGCACCCGUCUGAGCUCCUCUAUCCCUUAGAAAUCGCCUUAAAAGUUGAAGACAUUAUUAAGUAGGAUUAUUUAAAAAAAUUAUAAUUAUUAUGUACUUUAUGUUGUAUAUAGAAAGGCAUUUAUACAUUGAAUACUCAAUCGGAACAUUACAUAAAUCUUUGAACCGCUCAACAUUAUUUUUUGAUUCCGAGAAAAGGACAAUCGCCUCCCCUAGAUAUGGAAACUUGCAUAAAGAAAUCUCUCUGCAUAAAGAAUCCUAUUAUAUUGGUUAAACUGCGUUCGCUCACAUUCGUUCGGUGACUCUCGGACCGAUAGGUCGAUCUUUCGAGUCCGCGCAGCGUAAACUUAUAAAUAUUAAAACUAAUCCGCUGUCCAGGUUAUCUUGCGCAUUCUCCGUCUUGUUCCACUAUUUUCCCUUCUUUUAUUUAUUUAGUUAUUUAUUUGUGAAGUGAAGCAGCAAUGUUUCUUUUCCAGUAUGCUGCAUGAAUACCGCUACAUACAAGUUAAGUAUCACAUAAUAUUACUUUCCCCAUUCUUGUCUUCUAUAUCACCAUGCACUAGGCAGUAGACCCAUACAAAAAUGACUUCCCCUGAUAAUGAUUUGCCUCAAGGCGAGAUGGAUGUCGAAAUAAAAUCGCCUCCCUGGCUGAAAUUGUACCCAUCCACCGCAACCGGGCCGUUUGCAUUCUUUUUCCGGACCAAAGACAACAAAUGUUUGAAUCUAUUGCAAAUCUCUCGAUUUCUUACGGAGAGCGAUAUUCGACUGUGAUAGAAAUAUCGUAAAAUUCGGCUGGUGAUUAAUAGUUUUAAGCAGGCGAAUGCUAUUGCUGGCUACGGUCAUUUUACGAAGGAGUAUAUGUACCAUCUAAUCGGGUUGAAUGUGACGGGGUCGUCUCCGAUUUGAGUUUGAAUUGUGCGGAUCUGCUGCUGGUUGGUUGUUUUAAAGACCCCAUGCUUCAGCCAGUGAACAUACUGCUAACGAUUGCAUUCAGCAUCAGUCGCUAGAGAUAUGACGGCACAAGUCUUUACGAAUACAGUCGUGAUUCGCUGGUUGGACACUUUUUAACUGGACUGCUUUUUAGUUGGACCUCCGCUAGUUGGAUCAUUGUCCAACUAAAAAGCAUCUGAAUGUCAAAAUCUUGUCAAAUUUACUUUGACAAUCAAUCUGACAAUUAUUAGAGAUGUGAAUAGAUGCAAUUACACAGAGUUUUUGGCAUCUGCCAGUCGGUCCAACUAACGAAUCAAAUUCGUUCGUCGGACAGAGGUGUGGCCCAACCAGCGAAUCACGACUGUAUCUAUACUAAGAUGUCUACUGACGAAGACGACGCUGCGCCUUGAAGCAAUAGAAAAAUGAGAAACAUUUCCUCUCCUAAGCUUCGUUGUAAAGGUCAGAAUGGUGUACCUUCAAGAUCCUCUAAAGUUAAUAGCUCGAGGAAGUACUGGUGCAAAACCGAAGCAAGCAGCUCCUGGUCUCAGAAACCUUAUCUCAGAAAAGGAGUUCCCAGAACUUUCUGGGACAUCCGAAACCCGAAGAAUCCCCAUAUCUCAGCCAGAGAAAGAAACCAGGCCUCAUAC